UGUUGAUGUUUAAUAAUGGACAACAAACACUUUUCCCGGAGUUACCUCGACGUCACUUCCUCUUCCCUUUGCAAUUUUUUAGGGGCCUACAAGAAACGAAAACAAGCCUACAGUGAGAGCAGAGGGAUGUCUGCAGCAGAGAGCAGCCAUGCACAGCGUGUCCUGUCUUCCCUGAACCAGCAGAGGGCAGCAGGCAGGUUUUGUGAUGCAGUGCUGAAUGUGGGAGGCGGGGUGGUCUACCUGGCCCAUCGCAACAUCCUUGCCUGUUUCAGUGAACUGUUCCAACAGUCCAACAUGCCCACUGCAUCGUGCAUGGAGUUCUGCCUGCAGGAGGGCCCAAACGACGGCCUGGAGCUGCUCCUGAACUUCAUCUACACUGGAGACUUGGAGUUGGAUCCUGACAACCUGGAUAAGGUGCAGCAUGCAGCAGCCACCCUGUGUGUACCAGAAGUGCUUGCACUCUGUCAGCAGUUCAAGGAAACCUCUGUGAAUCCUGUGAAUCAUGUGGAUCCUGUGGAUCCCGCGCCCAACAAGCGUAAAAAAGGCAGACCUCAAAAGUCCACACCAGUGACAACCCGUCACUGUUCAGUCAAAGAAGAGAACGUGUUUACAGCCAUAAGAGAUGAGUCUGACUUUGAUCAUGCCUCAGCCAAUUUUAGCAUGGUAGCCACCACCACCCGCUCUGGUCGAGUAGUGAAGGGCCCCAGGCGACUGGUGACUGAUCAGAGCCUCACUGCUGAUUUUACAGCUCCUGGAAAACCAAGCAGGAAGACUCCACUUCUUCCCACAGAGACAGAGAGGGGUGAUCUUUGUCUGGAGAGCCGAAACCAAUAUCAGCCAACUGGUGAAACUGAGGUAACUGACUCGCAGACUGACACAAACGACUAUGGUGUUUGGCAGAUAAAAGAGGAGGAAGAAGAAGAAGAAUAUGAUGAUGUGGGGGAUGUGGAAGGGAUCACUGAAAACACAGAUGAGGAGUAUGUGCCCGUUCACAAACCGAGUUCCUCAGCCACGUCAACGGCACGCAAAGCCAGAAGUGAAACGGACAAAAACGAGAAUGAUGAGGCUGUGGAGAAAGACUCUAAAAAGGGCUCUGCGCAGUGUCCCAUCUGUGACAAGACCUUCAAGAGCAAAUAUAACCUCAAAGUCCACAACAGGCAGCAUACAGGAGAGCGUCCCUUUGGCUGCCUUAAAUGUGGAAAGAGGUACUUCAGGAAGAAGAAUCUUGUAGCACAUGAGGUCAGAGGCUGUGCUAAAGUCCAGACGUACACCUGCUUGAUAUGCCCCUCCACAUUUAACGACAAAAAAAAGCUGCAUCUGCACGUCGUCGUCUCCCACACAGGAGAAAUGCCCCACAGGUGUUCAACAUGUCAUGAACAGUUUAUGCAGAAGGAAAAAUUAAGAAUACACAUGACGAAGGUCCAUGGUUAUCCAAAACCACACACAUGCCCGCAGUGCCCCAAAACCUUCUUAACUCAGGGGGAGCUGCGCCUGCACAAAGCAGCCAAACAUGGAGGGGAAAGGCGGUUUGCAUGUGAGGAGUGUGACCAUCGAGCGACUACCCGGGGCAGCCUGCAGAUGCAUAUCAAAGCUAUUCACAGAAAUGAGCGCCCUUUUGUAUGCCACAUAUGUGGCUAUGCGUCCUCCCUGAAGAACAACCUAAAGCUGCAUAUGCGUAUACACACCGAUGACCGGCCGUACCAGUGUCAUCUCUGUGGCAAAACCUUCAGGACACAAGGUGUACUCGAUAGUCACCACCGGACACACACUGGUGAGCGUCCGUUUAGCUGUGAUGUUUGCGAGCAGCGAUUCACGGAGAAGAGUGCCCUCGUCCGCCACAAGGCCAGCAAGCACGGGGAGGGCCGACCGCACUGUUGUCACAUAUGUGACAAAACCUUCAAAGCGAGGGAGCAACUAAGCGUGCACCUGCGUCGCCAUAAGGGCAUGAGGAAGUUUGCGUGCAUGGACUGCGGCUACAAGUUCACUCGACAGUCACACCUGCGACGACACAUUCAGAUCCACAAACGCACUGAGAACUACAACCCCAGGCAGAGAAAACUACGUAACGUGAUAGUGCAGGAGGUGAACAGAUGCCUUGUUGUGGACGAAGCUACUAAUGAAGUGGAAGAUUUGCUGAUCUCAGAGGAGACAGACUACGUCCCAGAGACGGCUGAUGACCAGGAAACCCCAAACCCAGAAACAGGCCUCACUUCUAGUUGCAUAGUGAGGGUGGUGGUUGGGUCGAGUGACACUGUGAUGGAGGAGGUGGUGUCAAACCAGAACCUGGAACAUGUCGAGGCCGUGGAGAGUUUCUCUGUGCCAGAAGUCUUGCAGCAAACACAGCUGGUCACUGAGGCGUACGAGUCCACGAUGGAUUAUGAAGGAAAUGGUUGAGAAUAUAUCAGAGAGUAAGACCUGAGGACUGAACGACCACAGACUGUGUGCCGCACACUCAGAGUUAAACUUCCUGUGAGGAAAACGAAAAGCAUUAAAUUUGCUGUGAGGACAUUUGGCCUGACAGAUCCAAAGAUGAAACUGAAACAAAGUCAGAGACUGUUGAGUUUUUGGACAUUUAAGUGAAGUUAUCAGUAAAUAAAUUGCACACUGCAUGAAUGUCACUUUUUUUGUUAACUUGUUUCAAUAACUUCUUUUUUUUUUUACUGCAGCUCGACUGUGGAAAUUAAGUAAUAAAUGAUCCUUACCGAUGUUCAGUUUUGUUACUGAAGGUAUUAAAGGAGUAGUUUGACAUGUUGAGAGAUGCA